AUGUGUCUUGCCUUUCUGUUUUUGAGCGUGACUGACUUUGGUAUAGGACACUCUGACACCACUGGCCUUGGUUGGGUGGAUGGGACGGGCCUGGGAAACCUCGACACACGACUAGACACAGUAGACCAAACACCCACACGCGACUGGCCUUGGUUGGGUGGAUGGGACGGGCCUGGGAAACCUCGACACACGACUAGACACAGUAGACCAACCAAACACCCACACGCGACUGGCCUAGGUUGGGUGGCUGGGAUGGGCCAGGGUAGCGACACUCAAGUAGACACAGUAGACCUAACACCCAAACGCGACUGGCCUAGGUUGGGCGGAUGGGAUGGGCCAGGGUAUCGACACUCAACUAAACACAGUAGACCUCACCUAUACUAUACUGGCCUAGGUUGGGUGGAUGGGACGGGCCUGGGACAACAACACGCCACACACAACACAGCUCAUCAACAUACCUGGCCCCAAGCACAGCGCGACAACACCUCCGGCCCCAAGGUAGGGUGGCAGGGACGGGCCUGGGUUAUAUAUACUUACUUUCCAACCCAACACGGCGCGACAACUCUUCUGGCCCACGGUAGGGUGGAAGGGACGGGCCUGGGACAACAGAGCACAACUCGACAACACAACACAGACUCAUACGGGUCUGGCCUCAUGGUUGGGUGGAUGGGACGGGCCUGGAAGACCAUAUUAUAUAUACUUACUCCUAUAUACAACACAGGGCUUACAGCUUCAGCAACAAGCCAGGCCCUGGUUGGGUGGCAGGGACGGGCCUGGGCUAUUCGACGCAAUUCAGCUGUCGACAUCGGACACAAAGGUGUCAUACCAGCUGCCACAUCUGGGCAUGACGGACUUUGUACAGUCUUCUUGAAAAGCUUCUUCCAACAUCGGUUGGGUGGAUGGGUCGGGCCUCGAAGUACUCGUGUUCCUGAACAUGACUCUGACUUAUCUGGAAAAAUAACUGACUCCGUGUCUACUACAGACCUCAACAACAAACCAGGCCCUGGUUGGGUGGCAGGGAUGGGCUUGGGUCGUAGCACCCUUGAGCGAACCAAGGCGCGGUUGGUUGGUAGGGACGGGUUGGGUCACUUCGGUGACCCGGCACUGGGCGUACCAAGCCCUGGUUGGCUUUCAGGCAUGGGCUGGGCCGCUGUAGUAGACAUAGGUGACCCAGCACUAAGUCCUCCAGCGAACCAGGCCCUGGUUUGGUUAGCUGGCUGGCACAGGCUGGGUCACCGGAUUCAACAUCCAACACACAUGAACCAGGCCUCGGUUGGGCGGUCGGGACGGGCCUGGGACAUCGGAUUCAACAUCCAUCACACAGGUUUGCUGCAGCGAACCAGGCCUUGGUUGGGUGGUCGGGACGGGCCUGGGACAUCAGAUUCCACCAUCAUCACACACAUGUGUUUGACUCUUAGCAGGGUUCGCAGCAGUGAGCCAAGCCUCGGUUGGGCGGUUGGGAAGGGCCUGGGACAUCGGAUUCAACAUCCAUCACAUUGGUUCGCUGCAGCGGACCAGGCCUCGGUUGGGUGGUUGGGACGGGCCUGGGACAUCGGACACGGGGGGGUGGAGGGUUUGGAUCAAGUUUUACCGCUCCAACAAACCAAGCCUUGGUUGGGUGGUAGGGUCGGGCUUGGGAUAUCGGAUCCAUCAUUUAGGCUAACUGCCUCUACUUUUGCAUGGCCCCAAGCCUUGGUUGGGUGGCAGGGAUGGGCUUGGGCUAUCGGAUUCAACAUCCCACACAAGUCCACUGCAGUGGUGAACCUCAGGCCCUGGUUGGGUGGCUGGGACGGGCCUGGGACAUCGGACACGGAAGGGGGAGGAGAGUUGGGGAACAUGGAAGUGAAGUUGCUAGAUUCGCAGAGUUGGGACAAGACUGCAUUGUCGACUAACUGUAGAGUGUUACCCGACAAACACAUCAUGCCUUGGUUGGGUGGAUGGGAAGGGCUUGGGAUACCGACUAACCACAACAGCACACAACAUAGGUUCACCACUGCAGUGGACCAGGCCUCGGCUGGGCGGUUGGGACGGGCCUGGGACAUAGGAUCCAACAUCCUUCAUACUGCAAGUCUUCCAAGACAUCAGGUGUUUCUUGAUAGGUUCACCACUGCGGUGAACUAG